UAUUAUUAUCAACUUAAAAUUGGUUGGCAGACUCCUAACACUUCUAUAACUAAAAAACAAGACAAAAAAGAAGAGUCCAAAAGCUAUUAUAAUAAAGACACUCCAGCAAUUCCCACGCCUAAUUCAACUCUCCAACUAAUCUCCUUAUAAAACUUGUGUCCUUAAUUUUCUUCUUUUGCCUGCCCUCCCGCUCUGUUCUCUUUUCCUCCCCGCCGGCUCAAUUAUGCUCACCGCCACACCACCAUCUUCUGCUUCUAAAAUCAGAAGAACAAACAGCGGUGAUGGUGAUGGUGGUGGAAGCGGCUCAAUAAUUCUCGGCAAAUAUCAAUUGAAUCACCUUCUUGGCCGUGGCAGCUUCGCAAAAGUUUAUCAUGCACGAUGUUUAAACGAUGGCACAGACGUUGCCAUCAAAGUUAUGAACAAAAACACAACCGUGGAUGCCUCUCUGGAACAAAUAAUCAUCCGUGAAGUCUCCGCCAUGCACCGACUUAACCAUCAUCCCAACAUUAUCAAACUCCAUGAAGUGAUGGCCACAAAGACCAAAAUCUACCUUGUCAUGGAACUCGCACCUGGUGGCGAUCUUUCCUCCAAGCUCAGCCGCUGCGGAAAAUUCUCUUACUCCACAGCAAGAUUUUACUUCCACCAGCUUGUCUCAGCUCUACACUUUUGCCAUCAAAACGGCGUGGCUCACCGUGAUAUUAAACCACAAAACAUUCUCCUGGACAAAGAAGGCCAGCUUAAGGUCUCUGAUUUUGGAUUAGCCGCUCUUUCGGAACAGUUCAGUAACAGCCUCCUCCAAACGGCUUGUGGUACUCCAGCUUAUGCGGCUCCAGAGGUUGUAUACAGAAAAGGAUAUGAUGGUGCUAAGGCGGAUGCAUGGUCUUGUGGGGUAAUUCUCUUUUCAUUCCUUGCAGGAAAACUUCCAUUCGAUGACAGCAGCUUAACCAAAUUGCAUCUGGCAAAACAUCGUCGUGAAUUCCAAUUCCCUGAUUGUGUUCAAAAGCCUGCACGGAGUAUAAUAAGCCGGCUGCUAGAUCCUAAUCCGAAUACAAGGUUAAGCAUUGAGGAAUUAAUGGAGCUUCCAUGGUUUAAGAAAUCUGCAAAGAAAGGCGAAGAGUCAAAUCAGAAACAAUUUAGUCAAGGUAUAUUUGAAAUUAAGGAUUGUAAAAAAGAGGGGAGAAUGAAUGCGUUUGAUAUAAUAUCAAUGUCAGCUGGGUUGGAUUUAUCAGGGUUAUUUAAAGCAAGGUUGAAUAAGAAAGAGAUGAGGUUUACAACGACUGCUCAAGUAGGGAGUAUUGAAGAGAAGGUGAUGAAAAAAGGGAAAGAAGAAGGAUAUAGAGUUGAGAGAACAAAGGGUGGGGGAAUUGGUUUGGUAAAAGGGAGAGUGGCAUUAUUGGUGGAAAUAUGGGAAGUGGCAGUAGAGCUGUGGUUGGUGGAGAUUAAAGUUGUCAAUGGAGGAGUAGAAUUUGAUGAAUCUCAUUGGGAGGUACUGAAAGUUGGGCUGAAAGAUAUUGUUGUUUCAUGGUAUGAUGAUGGGUCUUAAGGGAAGAAGUUAAGCAUGGUUGUUGCCUUGUACACUCUGGGGCAACUCAGACACUUUUAGGAUUGUACUUUGAACUGAUAUCUUCCUAGCAGUCUUCAAAUUUUGCUAUGAAAAUCCUCUUAACUCUUUUUCAGUUGCA